AUUCGCGAACGAAAGGGGCUCCCGGACGCAAUUCCGAGAGUGGCCCUCGCUACAGGGUCGGCUUCAGAACAUUUUUCCACAAAAAAAGAAGAACCGGAAAAUUCAGAUUUUUCGUAUCGGGGGCUGUGAUUGAAGACAGGGUCGUUUGGGAGAUUUCGGGGGGAUGGAAGCGGUGAAUGGGCUGUUGGGGGAUGGGGAUAAAGGGGUGGCACAGCCCCCUAGUCCCCUUACAGGGUGUUACUUGCUGAUCGUCAUCGGGGAGCCGUAUACCGAGCAGCACAAGGAAAUAAUCCUGCAGAGGAUUGCUAAAGGACUCCUUUCUUGGGAUGCUAAUGACUGCUUGGUAGAUUUAGAAAAGGAAUUAGCUAUUAUAACGGAGCAACGGUUGGAGGGCGAAGAAGCUAGAUAUGGAGAGCGUCUGAUCCAAUUCGCAUCAGAAAACCUCGUCACAGAAAUCUUGAUCCACCCUGUGGUGAGUACUUUGGUGCAGUGUAUGCGAAACCUGCUGAGCAGCUUCACCAGACAUAGGCACAUCAUCCAUGCUGGAUACACUUUCGCUGCCAACGGGUCUUGGGCCUUGCAGGAUGGCACAUUCUCGUAUGCGGACUUCUCCGAGGCCUUCCAAGAGAUGGACGUCCAGCGAGUCAUCCACGCGUACGACAUGGGCAUCUCGCUGGACAUACACUGCUCGCCGGAAGGCGAGUGGCCCAGGAUGCCCAAGGAGCCCUAUGCCAAGGCCUGCAAGGCUCGCAUCAACCCCGCCGACGUGCUAGGCUCAGGCUCGGCGGACAUCCGAGCCUUCGUCGAUUAUCUGGCGAGGUUUCUGAGGCCCGCUGCGCUGGAAGGUUUGCUGGCUAGUUCGGACGUGGUGGGAAAUAUCAGGUUCUCCAGGCCGACGUUGUAUGUUUUUCCAGGCGGUCAAGGAGAUGCUGCCCUGUUUGGAAUAAAUGGCUUCAAUAUGCUCCUGGACGGAGGGUUUUCACGAAAGGCCUGCUUUUGGGAUUUCGUGAGACAUUUAGAUAGAUUAGAUGCUGUGCUGUUGACAAGACUGAAUAAUAGUAAUGUAGGUGGAAUUAGUUCAAUACUGAGGAGGAAGAAGCAAGACGUGGUCUACCCACAAAUAGGACAUUUCUUUUGUAAUAUUCAGGAAAGACGAACUCUACCAAGCCCGGAUGGUGACAAAGACAAAGAUCCCCUACUCAUCAACCUACUGGAAGAAGGUCAUGAAAUCAUAUCGAACCUCCGCUACUUGAACCUGAAUCCUCAAGUUUGCUAUAGAGACACCGACCCGAUUAACCUAUACCACAAAGUAGGCCACGGAACCUUAGAUAUGUACGUCCUCAGCCCCAGCAAAGACGCCAAAGAAGUCAGAGAGUUUCUGCAGAAAUGGAACCAGAGCGACCAGAAACUCUUUGCUAAAUCCAGCAAAGAAUUGUGCUUUCCUACCCAAAAUCUGGUUUCCAUUGCCGCUUUGCUGAUCUGGCAACCUGCCAAUCCUGAUGAUACCAUCACCAGGAUCCUGUUUCCGGGAAGUAGCCCCCAGAGCAAAGUUUUCGAAGGGCUGGAUAAGCUGCGGAGCUUGGAUUGUAUCAAACACGCUACUUGUAGCAGCAGAUCUCUGCAACCUGUUUCGCUCCACAAAAAAAACGCCAAAGACGUCAUAAUCGAGAAGGUGGCUCCUAAAGAAAAGAUGCAGGUGAAAGAGAUCAAGACCAUCGAGAAUAAUAUCAUUAAUGGGAAUCAUGGGGAUGUUAAGAAUAAGGCCGUUAAGAAAUCGGAUUCGACGGAGAGUGAUCGUAGCAUCAAGGCUAAAAAGGAGGAAAAUAAAAUCAUCGAGAAUGGUGAUAAGCUGAAGCCGAAGAUCAAGCCAAAGGUGAGAGGUGAAUCACAACAAAGAAAGAAACCCCCAGAGAAAAAGGCCUCUCCAACAACACCAAAGAAAACAGAUACCGUAGAAGCGAAGAAACCUGCCAAACCGUCCCCUCUAAGUACUCCAGCAAAAAGUAUGAAAGAUGCCAACAACAGAAAAGUCGUAGAAAGCAAAGUCAAGCGCGAAGCUAGUACUAAACCUGCCCCUCCAAAACCUAAAGUAGAAAAAAAACCGAUAGCAAGAAAACCUACUGCCAAAAAAGCCCCAAUAAGUCCAGCCAAAAAGAUAGUGAAUGGUAUCCAAAAACCUGAUAGUAUCUCUAGAAAAGGUAAGCUGGACAAGGAAGGUACUACAGACUCGAGUACUGUUAGUACUCCAUCAGUAGAUCAGGAAAGUGUCCUGAAAAAAGACAUAUCCAAACUCUCACAGGAAGACAUCCAAAAACUGAAAGCACAGGAACUAGCAGAUCUGAAAGAGGAACAAGAAGCUGUGAAAGAAAUAGAAGCUGUAUUCAGAAAAGGUGAAACCAAACCUAAACAAGCUCACGACCUACGAGAAGUUCAAGAUACUUCCAUUGAAAAGGAAGAAUACAUCAUUAUAGAAAAAGAAGUGAUCGAACAAGAUUCCCUCGGACAAGAAACCAAAGAAGAUGAAACUCAAAAGUUAGCCAGAGAUAGUGAGGAAUCAGAAAAACAAAGAAAACUCAGUUCCGAACAGAUUCAAGCUAACGGUAUAACAGACCAUCCAGAAGCUACACUCAGAACUAAAGAUAUACUCAGCCCUGAAGAUAAACAGGACAUUUCCUCUGAUAAAAAAACCACUGAUAAAGAUAUCGAAGAAGAAAACAAGGACGUGGUAGAGUCUCAUCCGGAUGAGAAAAUCUCUGCCAACAUAAAAUCAGGCGACACUACUACAGCUCCAACUCUCCCAGAAGACGAACGCAUACCCCUGGAUGAAAUCAACGCCUUGGAUGAAAUCAAAGAAGAUAAUGGACACAUAAUCGAGGAGAAACAUGUCAAGGAAGAAACCAAAGAAAAGGGGCUGCCCGUGAUACAACUACCCCAAAAAACAUUCGAGAGUGUGCCAAAAAUCCCAAUCGUAGUAGGCAUCAGAUUAGAUAAGCAGCAGCACAUCAGAGACAUUGUGAAAACUCCAGAUGAAGUAGCAGAUCUUCCUGUGCAUGAGGAAGUCGACUAUGAGUAUACUCACGAACUCAAAAUUGAGCCUACCAAGUCCAAUGAAGUUGUGGAAACGAAGCUAGAACAACAUCAACCCAACAAGGAGCAGCAAAAGGAAGAAGAGCAGGAAAAAGACAAGGAUGAAGCUAAAGAACCUUCUGUCGUCCAAAAAGAACUCAAGAGUCUGACCGAUACUGUCCUCGAAAAUGAAACUGUACUUGAAAAGGAUAUUUUGAAAGAGUCAGAAAAGGUGUCACCCGAAGUCAAAGAUGAGGACCAUAAAAAAGUUGUAGAUGAAGACGGUACUGAAAAACCUAUGAGCGAAGCGAAGUCUGAAGUCUCAGUAGAAGAAGAGGAAAAAUCGGAACCCGAGAUGAUCGAAGAAAUCAUGAAGCAUAAAAAAGUUCAACAGGAGGCAGUAGAAGAAGAUAAGCAGAAUAUUGCUGAAGAAAAGGUGUCCAAGGAGGUUGAAUCGGAAUCUGAUGUAAAAGACAAAGACCCUGAAACACAUAUUACAGAUGUAACCAAACAUGCAAUGCCUGUAGAAGAUAUUGCUGGAAGAAUUGAAGUUGAACUUGAGAAGGAUACACAAAAAACUGCGCUUGAAGGUGUUGUUGUAGAUCGUGAAUCACAUGAGAAACAGAAAGAAGUUGAUAAAGUAGGAGAAGAGAAAAUACAAACGGAGCCUUCAAAACAAUUGAAGGAGUCUAGUCAUGAAGAUGUCAAAGGUGAUAGUGUUGAAGAUAAGAAGGUUAUCACUGAAAAUAAGGAAAGCCUUAUUGAGAGUGUAAAUGAGAAAAAAAUAACAGAAAAAAUAGAAUCAAGUAUUGAGAAACAACCAGUAACACAUGAACUCGAUGGUGUGGAUAAAAUAAAUGAAAAUAUUUAUCCGGAAGAAAAAUCGACGAGGAUGAUUGGGGAGUUGCAAAAGGGGGUGGAAGCAGAUGUACAUGAUUUGAGAAUAACAAAAGAAUCAGUAGAUAUAGAGAAGAAUGUGCAAAUAAUACAGGAUAACAAAGAAGGCGAUAAGAAGAGAGAAUCUCUCAAAGAAGAUAGUGAUGAUAUUUUUAUUCACAAAAAUCUUGAUGGAAUGGCUUCUACUGAUACAACAUCCACGAAAGAACCGAAAAGAGAUGUGGAUAUAAUUAGUAAGGACUCAUUGAAAUCAACUGAGAACACACAGGUGGAAGUUUCACAAGAACUCAAUCAACUAGAAGAUUUGACAGAUCAAGAAGUCGCUGCUGCUGAUCUGAAACGUGACGUACGAUCAGGUUCAAUCGAUAAGACCGACUUGGGUCGGAAAUCUCCCAAAGAACGAGAAGAAGAUGUCAUCAAGAUAGUAGCCAGCGUAGCUGAAGUGCUGAAGUCUGAUGCUCCUCUAGAAGAAUUCGAAGGCAAACUGCCUAUCAGCACAUUCACCCCGUAUACGAGUCCCUAUACAACCGAACUACGUGAAACACAUAUAACCACUGUAGAUUCUCCUUUGAUAGAGACUAAGGUGAUCAAAACGGAUAUCCCUACAAUUCCAGAAGAACCACACAUAGCAUCAGCAUCAUUCCUUGAGGAAGAAAGGAGAGCAAUUUCAUUGCAAGACUCUGAAGAAGCUAGGGAAGCUAAAAGAAUCGAUUUAUUGAAGCAGUCACAGGAAUUCAUGAUGGCUACAUCUAAGAUGCUUUCAGAUAUCAAAUCAACAACAGACAAACAAACUCCAGUAGAAGAAGCCAAAGAAAGAGAAUCUGGAGUGUUAUCGGAUAAUGGGGAAAAUGUAGAAGAUAAAAUCGACGAAGAUGACGUUGCCACAGUACAUCGAAUGUUAGUUACGGCCUCUAGUGAAGAUGGGGGAGAAGAAAUCGAAAUCUGUCCAGCAGGGUCCAUUGUAUUCUCCAAGAGCUCUGAGAGUUCUGGAAGAAGUUCACCUGAUCCGUCCCAAAAAACCAAGAAGUCCUCCAUAAUCGACACGGUAUCGGAUUCUUUGAGUACCGUGAGACAGAUUCUGGAUGAUCAAUCACAAAAAGAAGCAGGAAUAAUUGAUCAUGCGAAGCAAGCAUUAGAAGCGAAAACUACAUCUGUCCAAGGAAAAAGUACUACCCCUGAGGAUAUUGGAGAAUCUCAAUCAUUUAUAGAGCAAGAAGUCAAAUCUGGGGCGUCAGACAUAUCCAGAGAUGGUAAAGAAGAAAUAAAAGAUCAUUUUCACCAGGAAACUAAAACUACUGGGUCCCCAGAAAAUGGAGAAUGGAUAGGGCAUGACAAUGUUGUCAUGAAACAACAGGAACAACAUAUUUCAAAUAUCGAUGAUAGUAAAGCAGAACUAGAGAAGCAGGAAGAACAAUCUCCGUCAGCUGCUGAAGACCACGGCCCUCGAAAGAAACGUUCUUUAAUCGAAGAGAAGAGUAUUACACCCCAUGAUGUUGAUUCCACUCAAUCAUCAACUGAAAAGGACCUUGAUAUUGUUCAAGAUCAGAUGGGGCAUCUAGGACCAACAUCAGGAAUCCAUGCCCAAGAAAUGAAAUCUGAGGGGAAGACGUCAGACCACGAUGGACAAGCAGAAAUUGUAUCGCACCAAGAAGAGAGUCAUCCUCAUCAAGAGAAGAUUUCUUCUGAUCAACAAAAUGCUUCUCCACAUCAGACGAAGGUUUCUCACCAAGAACUGAGUUCUUCAGUUGAAAAGAGUUUUCCUCAUCAAGACAAGAGUUCCUCUCAUCAAGACAAGACUAUUCCCAAUCAAGUUUUUGGGGGACACGAAUCGAGAAAAGAACGAGAGCAGAUGGCACUAGAUGAGAAAAAGGAUGAUCCGAAAGACGAGAUAAAAGACAAAAUUAUCUCAAAGCACGGUGAAGUUUCUGCUAUUUCCAGUGAUAGAUCUGAUGCAAUGGAACAGACAUCAGAAGAAAUGGAUACUGCUGCGACUGUAUCAAAGUUGACAGACAAAGAAGAAUCCUUCGGAUUCGGAACACCUCCAAAAGAACAAGAAUUAUUAGAACAUGCUAGGCAAGAGUAUCAAAUAAGGAACAAUGUAGAAAACGGAUACUUUGAUGAAAGUGAUUUACUUCUGAAUAGAAGAAUACCCUUGGAAAGUGUCAGUUCGAAGUCACAUGAGGGUGAUUCACGAAUAGAAGACACAAAGGUAGUUGAGAAAGCUGUUUUAGAUGAAACCCUAGCGACUGUAGACAAAUCGGAAGCAAUUACAAACGAUUUGCUACAUGGAUCCAAAGAUAAGAUUGAUACUGACGCAGAUGAUAAAGAUCCAAAAUCAUGUAUUGGAGCUGUUGAAGAAGAGAUGAUCAAACAGACCAUAACCAAAGUAGCAGAAACAUUGGAGUCAGUAGCCGAUCCUGAAAGGGAUUCUGCUAUAGGUAUAGCCCACAAAACUGAAGAAACUAGAUCGGAAAAGACUAUUGAAGAAUCAAUACAAUCAACGACAGAUGAAAACUUAGACAACGAAACGAUAGAUAAGAAAUUAGAUACUGAUAAUAUGCAAAAGUCGGAGCUUGAGAUUGCAAUGAAAUCUAUCAUUGAUACAUCUAAAAACGUCACUAAUCACACAAGCAAAAUUGAUGAGGCUGGAAGUUUCUUGAAAGGUUUAGUGACUAGUGCUUCUGAUGUGAUUGAAAAAGUCACUCAAGAAGUAGUCGAUCAUGCCAAAGACAUUGUAGUAGAGAAGAAAACAAAUAUUGAAGAUUUGCAGACGUCUGCGACUGAUUCCGUUACGGAUAUACAUACAGACAUUAUUGAUAAAGUAGUUGAAGUCGAUAAAAAAACUAGCCAAAUGAUGAAAGAGGCUGAUAAACAUAUGGAGAUGUUAACAAAGUCAGAGAGAGAAGAUACAUUUUCCAAAGAUUUGGUUGAUAAGGUAGACGCAAAAAUAGAAGAAAGCAAAACAGCACUUGAUCAAAUAUCAGAUUCUGCAAUCGACAAAUUGACGAAUGUGACAGCUGCAGCUGUCGAAACUGCAGCAGAUGUAUUAGAUGAUGUGAAUGUAGACAAGUUCGUUACUGAAACCACCGAAAAACUAGAUCAUGAAGGAACCGUGUUCAAAGAUAUUUCUGACGCUGCUACAGAAUCAUUGGACGCUUUGAACGAUGUUGCCAAAUCUAUCGCUGGAGGUAUUAGUAGUUUAUUCAAGAAACCAGAAGAUGAUACUGAGAAGAAAUCAGAGCAGACCGCUGCAUCUGUUUCAUCGGAUAUUAAGAAUACUAAUGAAGUCAUGGAACUUUUGGGAAAUGAUUUAGAAGAUAAAGUUUCCGAAAUUACGAAAGAAUUGAUCGAUAAUGUUGAACAUGGUCUGGAAAAAGUUAUUGCUGAUAAUGAGGCAGCCGGUAAAGUGACAAAAGAAACAGUAGAACAUCUGAAUGAUAAAUCCAAGGAUAGUGGAGAUGACCUGAACAUUGAAUGUGAUAUACAGCAUCCAAUUGUCGAAAAGGGAUCUGAUGGGAUCAACAAAUGGGUUACUGAUCAAGUUGAGUACGAAGAAGAUGAAAAAGAGACUAGAAAACAAGAUUGUAUGGAAGAUUCUAUAGCACAUAAACUUCAUGAAGGAAUAACGAGUGGAAUGAAGGCGAUUUCAGAUUCUGUAGAGUCACUUUUCAUGAAAAAAGAUGAGCUAGUAGAUGCUCAUGAUAUCGAGGAGGUGAAAGGUGAACUUCAUGAUGUAAAAGUAGAUUCAAUCAAGUUACCAAUAGCUGAAGAUAUUUCUAGUUCCAAAUCGCCUGUUACGAAUGGUUUAGAUACAAAGCUGGCUGAAGUAGAAACUCCAUGUGAGAAAGUGAAAAUUUCAAGCCAAGAAAGCAAAGUAAUUCACUCUGGUGAUGAUGAAAAAUCGGAUUCAAAACCAAUAUCGGAUGCAAUAAGAGAAGAAAUAAAAGAUACAGUAGAAGAAUUGGUACAACAACGUUCGUCCAAUGACGUUCAAUGUUCAAUUGAUGGAAAAAUAUCCAGCGAGUCAGAAGUUGCUCCUAAGACUCCAGGGGAAUCACAAAGAGAUGAAAAGCUGUCAUCUGAAAUUGUGAAUGUAGACGGGGAAGUAUUGAAGCAAGAAGGUGUACUAGAAGAGUCAGUUCAAGACUUGAAGGAUGCUUCCAAAACAAUAACUGAUGUAAGCAAAUCAGUAGUAUUCGGAACAUGCGAGGCAAAACCUGGUGAAAAGGAAGCUGCUGAUCAAAAAACGCACGAAGAUCAUAAUGGUUUGGCUGAAGAUUCAAGGGAACAAAAAAGAGCAGACACUGAUGAAGUGCACAGAGACACUGCAGAAGAAAAGGAAGGAAAAUUAGGGGACAGUGCUAAGGAUCUUGGUGAGACAUAUGACACCGUAGCUCAACUAUCAAAAUCGCUGUCAUUCGAGAAAUGCGAAAAACCAGAUUCCAAAGAAAUGAUAGGACCACAGCUAGUAACUGAAAAUGGUUUGCAGAAUCUUGAGUCAUCUCUGAGUUCUGUGAAAUCAUUGGCAAAAGAUCUAGAAGACAAAGUUGUUGGAAGAACCAAAGAAGUGAGUGACAUGGUUCAACAUGAAGUGCCAAACAAGAUAGAGGAACAGUUGAAGGAUAAUGCCAAAGAUAUUGGCGGAACAUACGACAGUGUAGCUGAACUGUCAAGAUCACUAUCAUUUGAUAAAUGUGAGAAAGUAGACGGAAAAGGAAUGGCAGACAAUAAAGUAGUGGCAGGAUCAGAAUCAAUAACAGAAAAGUUUUCACAUGGUGUUGACACUGCUUUAAAUAACAUGAAAUCAUUAGAGGAAGAGUUUAAAGAUAAUAGCUCAGAGAGUUCCAGCGGACUGAGCGACAAGGUUCAACAUGAAGUGUCAGAAAAGCUCGACAAGAAACUGCAAGAAAGUGCUGAAGAUAUUGGUGCAACAUAUGAAAACGUAGCUCAACUGUCACAAUCUCUAUCAUUCGACAAAUGUGAAAAAGUAGAUACAGGCAAUGAAAAAUUCAGAGAAUCGGAGCCAUCAUCUAAAUCAGCAUCUCAAAACAUUGAGACUACUCUGAGUACUCCAGGAUCAUCUGCAAAAGAUUCAGAAGAUAAAGUUUCCAAACAAGUUCCACUUGAAGUGUCAAAGGAAAUAGAGAAAUUGGCGGAUAGUGCUGAAGAUAUUUGUGAGACAUACGAAAAUAUAUCUCAACUGUCUGAAUCACUAUCAUUUGAUAAAUGCGAGAAAACAGAUGUGAGAGAAAUAAAAGAGAUAGAAAAAGUGUCAGAAUCAGGGCCGAUUUCUAAAAUUGCCCCAGAAAGUGUCGAAACCAUUACGAGUACCCUGAAAUCAAUGGAAAAAGAUGCAGAAGAUGAGGUUUCAGGAAUUGCUGAACAUAAGGCUCAGCCUAAAGUGUCAAGAGAGAUUGAAGAACAAUUGAAAGAUAGUGCUAAAGAUAUUGACGGAACUUUCGAAAACGUAUCUGAGCUGUCUAAAUCACUAUCAUCUGACAAAUGCGAGAGAACCGUUUUGGGAGAUAAGAUAGAGAGAGAAAGAGUGUCAGAAUCAGAGCCAUUCUCCAAAAUCAUCUCAGACAAUGUUCAGACUACUCUGACUGCCGAAAAAUCGAUUGAA